AUGGUCAUCGCUGACUGCGCUAAUCAUCGUAUCAUCCAGUGGAAAAUCGGUGAUACGAAUGGGCAAGUACUUGCUGGCGGCUAUGGCAACGGAAAUCGAAUGGAUCAAUUGUUUUUUCCAAGCGAUGUAUUGAUAGACAACAAAACGAAUAGUCUGAUUAUCUGUGAUCGAGUAAAUCGACGAGUCUUACGAUGGUCUCGUUGUAGUGGCAUAACCCAAGGAGAAGUCCUCCUCGACAACAUCGCUUGUCGAGGAUUAGCCAUGGAUGAAGAGAGAUAUCUCUACAUCUCUGACACUGACAAUGAUGAAGUAAGACGAUAUCAAAUAGAAGAUAAAAUUGAAACUGUCGUAGUCGGUGGCCAUGGCAAAGGUGAUGAGCUCAAUCAACUUGACGAGCCGACCUACGUGUUUGUCGAUCGACAACAGAGUGUUUAUGUGUCAGACUGCAACAAUCAUCGUGUGGUGAAAUGGAAUAAAGACGUAACAGAAGGAAUUGUUGUCGCUGGAGGCCAUGGCGAAGGAGUAAGUCUGAGACAGUUGUGGUAUCCUCAAGGACUGUUCGUCGAUACGUCGGGUACUCUCUAUGUAGCGGAUUCGUGGAAUGAUCGAGUAAUGCGUUGGACUCAAGGAGCUAAGCAGGGCACGGUCAUCGUGGGAGGAAAUGGUGAAGGAGAACGAGCUAAUCAGUUGAACCGUCCUAUUGGUGUGUUCUUCGAUCAACAUGGUCAUCUCUAUGUCGUCGAUCGUAAUAAUUGCCGAGUCCAACACUUUUCAAUCGAGUAG